AUGCAAGACGAAACAGUGAUCCAUCAUCAGUUUCCUGUUCCUCAUACGGUCAUAACAUGUGGUACUACCCGUUCAAUUCAUCUUCAAGAUUGGAGUGUUAUAAGCACAAAAGGUUCAAUUUUAACAUCUGAAGAAAUUCAACAAUUCUCUUCUCGGCUCAUGAUACCUAUUCCUGAAAUGACAUUUGGUAAAAAUCAGGUAAUAAUGGAACAUAGUUCGGGCUGGAGAAUGGCGUUUACAGCUUAUGACGCAUUGGAAAAAGUAGAUAAGACAGGUAAAGAAGUUAUUCAAGUUUCAUAUGCAAAUGAAUGGGUGAAAAAGAGAGAAAAAAGUUGUGAAGGUAUUGGACGUAGUAGAUGUUAUGAUUGGACGUUUACGACUACGUAUCAAGGGACAGUUACUCACGAGAAUAAUAGAAAUUUGGUAAAUAAAACGGCUGUACGAGCAGAAGCAACGAAAGAAAGUAGUGAAAAUAACAUAUUAUUGCCUGUAUUUGAGUUAUCAGAUGAGGUUAUUCCAGUUGAUAAGUUGAAACGUCAAGAUCCUAUUUUAUUUUUUGAAGAAAUUGUGCUUUAUGAAGAUGAAUUGUCAGAUAAUGGUCUUUCUGUGCUCAGUGUUAAGGUGCGCAUUAUGCCUGAGCGGCUUUUAUUGUUACAGCGUUUUUUUAUGCGAUUGGAUAAUGUUGUAUUUCGGAUUCGUGACACACGUGUAUAUAUUGAAUUUGUUACAGGGAAAGUUCUUCGGGAAUAUGUUGAGAAAGAAGCAGCAUAUCACGAUGUUUUAAAGAAAAUUCCUUCGUGUCAAAAUGAUUUUAGUACUUUUCUAGCUGAUCCCACAUGGGUGGCUUCUGUGUUACCAGUGUGUUCAAAAACUAUGGAAGCUUUAGAAUUUAAGUAA